GAGAGAGAGUGUUGAGGCUCCUACUAAUACUUCUAAACCCUGCUCUCUCUUCUUCUUCUUCUUCUUCUUCAUCGAGCCCGUGACCUCACCUCAAUCCAAAAACCCCAACCGACCUCUCCUCUCGCAUUUCCGAUCUGUACGGUCCGAUCUCAGCGGCGAUUACUCCAUCUCCGAUCGCCGAUCGAUCACCGGAACUGAUCGCAUUGAUCGAUGAAGCUGCCGAUGAGUUCGUCGAGUUCUGGCGGAAGAUGAGGUUCUACAUAUCCACAACGGGGAUAAAGAGGUUAACGAUAUCCGGCGCCGGCAACGGUAAGGGAUCUCCGGCGCCGGCGUCCACCAGGAGAUUCUCCGGCAGGACGCUGUUGCCGCUCGUCCUCGUCCUCGCUCUCGUUUUGCCGUUUCUCUUCGUCAGGAUCGCUUUCAUUGUUCUCGAAUCCGCGUCCGCCUGUUCUUCCUCGCCUGAUUGUAUAGGAUGGAGGUUUUUCAGCGGGAGUGACGCGUCUGUUCUCAGGGAGGAAUUGACAAGAGCGCUACUAGAAGCAAAGGAUGGUAACAUUGAUGAUAAUGAGGGUGGUGGGAUAGAGUCAUUCAACCAGCUUGUCCAGGAAAUGACAUUAAAACAGCAAGACGUCAAGGCAUUCGCAUUCAGAACAAAAGCUAUGCUAUCAAAGAUGGAACACAAGGUUCAGUCAGCCAGGCAGCGGGAGUCAAUUUAUUGGCAUUUAGCUUCACAUGGUGUGCCCAAGGGUGUUCAUUGUCUUUGCCUCAAGUUAGCCGAAGAAUAUGCAGUAAAUGCGCUGGCUCGAUCUCGUUUACCAUCACCUGAAUAUGUCUCUCAACUUUCUGAUCCCUCAUUUCACCAUCUUGUUCUCCUAUCAGAUAACGUCCUCGCAGCUUCUGUUGUUGUCUCGUCUACAGUCCAAAAUUCAGCCAACCCUGAAAAAUUGAUUUUUCAUAUAGUCACUGACAAGAAAACUUACACUCCAAUGCAUGCUUGGUUUGCAACUAAUUCUAUUAAAUCAGCAGUGGUGGAAGUUAAAGGGUUACACCAAUACGACUGGUCUCAGGAAGUAAAUCUUGCAGUCAAAGAUAUGUUAGAGAUCCACCGCUCAAUCUGGAGACAUUAUUACAAAAAUUUGAAAGAGCAUGACUUUGAAUUUGAUGAAGAACAUAAAAGAUACCUUGAAGCUUUGAGUCCCAGCGGACUUUCCCUCAUGAACCUUCUUCGAAUUUAUAUCCCUGAGCUGUUUCCAGAUCUCAACAAGAUAGUGUUCUUGGAGGAUGAUGUUGUAGUACAACAUGACAUAUCGUCUUUGUGGGAAUUGGAUCUCAGUGGAAAUGUUGUUGGUGCAGUUGUCAAUUCAUGGUGUGGUGAAAACUGCUGCCCAGGAAGAAAAUACAAGGAUUACUUCAACUUUUCACACCCUAUCAUUUCAUCCAACUUUGUUCAUGAUCGUUGUGUGUGGCUGUAUGGUGUAAAUGUUUUUGACCUUGAAGCUUGGAGGAGGACCAAUAUAACACAGACUUACCAUCAAUGGUUAAAACUUAGCCAGCAAUCUGGGUUGAGUUUGUGGUCUCCAGGAGUAAAACCACCCGCCUCAAUUGCAUUUGAGGGUCAUGUGCAUCCUAUUGAUCCAUUGUGGCAUGUGGCCGGGCUAGGUCAUCGCUUCCCACAAGUUCCUCUAGAGAUAGUGGAAGCUGCUGCAGUUAUACAUUUCAGUGGCCCAGCAAAGCCAUGGCUUGAGAUCGGGUCUCCAGAGAUGAGGCAUAGUUUGAGACCGGAGGGAAGAAGGUUUUGGCUUCAGCCUCUGCUUAAUCACACUAAGCUUUAGACACCUGACAUGGCUAUUU